GAGCCGUCGGACGUUAGGACGUUUCUCGCUCUCGUCGUGACGACUUACUAACGGCGUAAUCAUGGUGGCGACUUCGCCUCGGGUGGACGAGCUCGUGCAGUCGGUCAGCAUGCAUAAUCCGCGCAAAUGGAUGUUCAACGGCUACAUCAUGCCGUUCGUGAUAAUGCAGUCCUUGUGGAUCAGCUGCUGGAUCUUCGUCUACGGCAUCGACGACUACUACGACGCGGGCCUGGUCGGCAUCGCGGCUAUCGGCAUGCUGCAGAUCCUCCUGUGUCUGUGCUGUCAAUGGUCCGUGCACAUCCAUACGUUCGUUAACUGCAGCUCGGAAAAAAAUCCUUACAAAGCCAAGAUAGUCAAGGUAGUGCCAACACCGAAUAAUGGAAGCACCGAGCUGAUCAAGCUGCAUCACAAGGAUCAACAGGAGCCAUGGUUCAUCUUUCAAAAGACCAAGUAUCUUUGGGACUCGUCAAAGAAGUCAUUCAUAGGUCUGCAGUUUCCCACUAAUCAUUCAGUCAAGUAUUACUGCGACUGGAAAGGAUAUCUCGAUGAAGAGGAAAUUGCAAUGGCUGAGGAGAAAUAUGGCAAAAACAUCUUGAACAUGAUCGUGCCUGAAUUCUGGGAACUCUUCAAGGAGCGCGCGAUCGCGCCGUUCUUCGUCUUUCAAGUCUUCUGCGUGGCGCUCUGGUGCUUGGAUAAGUACUGGUAUUACAGCAUCUUCACGCUGAUCAUGCUCAUCAUGUUCGAGUGCACGCUAGUGCAGCAACAGUUGAGGAACAUGGCCGAGAUUCGCAAAAUGGGCAACAAGCCGUACAUGAUCAUGGUGUACAGAAAUAGGCGAUGGCGCUUGUUAUUUUCAGAUCAGCUGGUGCCUGGAGACAUCGUUUCCAUCACGAGGCCUCGUCAGGAUAAUCUGGUGCCAUGUGACAUGCUGCUGUUGCGAGGUCCUUGCGUGGUCGACGAGAGCAUGCUGACAGGUGAAUCUGUUCCGCAAAUGAAGGAGCCCAUAGAAGACAUGGAUGGAAAUCGAAUUCUGGACAUCGAAGGUGACGACAAGCUGCAUGUGCUCUUCGGUGGCACGAGGGUCGUACAGCAUACGCCUCCCAGCAAGAACACUCCCGGUCUUCGAGCGGCCGACAACGGAUGUAUCGCUUAUGUGCUGCGCACUGGCUUCUCCACGUCGCAAGGCAAACUCUUGAGGACGAUAUUGUUCGGUGUUAAACGAGUCACGGCCAACAACCUCGAGACCUUUGGCUUCAUCUUGUUCUUGCUGAUCUUCGCGGUCGCCGCUGCCGUGUACGUCUGGAUAAAAGGCAGCGAGGAUCCCACAAGAAACAAGUACAAACUGUUCUUGGAAUGCACACUGAUAUUAACUUCCGUGAUACCACCGGAACUGCCGAUAGAAUUGUCACUGGCUGUUAAUGCGUCUCUGAUGGCUCUGUCCAAGUUAGGUGUCUUCUGUACCGAACCCUUCCGGAUCCCCUUCGCCGGCAAGGUCGAUAUUUGCUGCUUCGACAAGACUGGUACACUCACCAGCGAUAACCUGGUGGUCGAGGGUAUCGCGGGAAUCGACGGUAACUCGGACGUGAUUCAACUCUCGGAUGCACCUCUGGAGAGCGUUCAAGUACUAGCCACGUGCCAUUCCCUCGUCCAGUUAGACGAUGGCAUCGUCGGUGACCCAUUGGAAAAAGCCACUCUCAAGGCCAUCAACUGGUGUCUUACGAAAAGUGACUCUGUGAUCCCGAAGAAGGGCAAAUCCCCGGUGUUGAAGAUCGUGCAGAGAUACCAUUUCUCGCCGGCUUUGAAGAGAAUGAGCGUUGUGGUCGGAUAUAACGUUUCCGGAGCUUCAGAGACGCAUUACAUGACUACGGUGAAAGGCGCGCCGGAGACCCUGAAGCACAUGUUAUCCUCCAUACCGAAAAACUACGAGUCCACAUACCUGUCCCUCUCACGUCGUGGCGCGAGGGUGCUCGCUUUGGGAUACCGGAAGCUCCCUGGCACAUUAUCCUCCCAGGACCUGAGGGAGUUGACUCGCGAGAAGCUGGAGAACAAUCUCACGUUUGCAGGCUUCGUCAUUAUCAGUUGCCCCCUCAAACCCGACUCGAAGGCCGUCAUUAAGGAGAUCGUCAAUUCCUCGCAUUCGGUGGUGAUGAUAACUGGCGAUAAUCCGCUGACGGCUUGUCACGUGAGCCGCGAGCUGCACUUCACGAAGAAGCCCAACACGCUCAUAUUGAGCGAGGAUGGCGACGAAUGGCAAUGGGAAAAUAUAGACAAAACGAAGCAGCUUCCUCUGUGCACGAGCAACGUCGCGCCGCGCAAGGAGAUCUGGCACGAUUACGCGCUCUGUGUGACUGGCGAGGGUUUAGCAUAUCUGAAGGAGAAGCAACACGAGCUCCUUCGGAAGUUGCUGCCGCACAUCGUGAUCUUCGCGCGAUGCGCACCGAAGCAGAAGGAAUUCAUCAUCGUAUCCCUGCGAUCUCUCGGCUACACGACGUUGAUGUGCGGAGAUGGAACGAACGACGUCGGUGCCUUGAAGCACGCGCAAGUGGGUGUCGCGAUCCUCUCCAGUCCACCCAGAAAGAUGCUUCCCGACAAGCGGGAAGAUUCGCGGAACGACAUGUCGCUUAUAAACGGGCCGAGAGCGAAUUCGAAAACACCGUUGGUAAACACUCGCACGAAGCUGCAGAAGAUCCUGAAGGAUAUCGAGAACGAGUCGCAGGAGAUGCCCACGACCGUGAAGCUCGGCGACGCCUCCAUCGCGGCGCCCUUUACCAGCAAGAUGUCCUCCAUCCAAUGCAUCUGCCACGUGAUCAAGCAAGGACGUUGCACCUUGGUCACCACCCUGCAGAUGUUCAAGAUCUUGGCGUUGAACGCGCUGAUACUCGCCUACAGUCAGUCGGUGCUGUAUUUGGACGGGAUCAAGUUCAGUGACAUGCAGGCGACUCUUCAGGGUGUGCUAUUGGCGGCGUGUUUCCUCUUCAUCUCGCGCUCGAAACCCCUAAAGACUCUGUCGCACCAGAGACCGCUGCCAAAUAUCUUUAAUCUUUACACCAUCGCGACCGUGUUACUGCAGUUCACUGUGCACUUCGUCAGCCUCGUUUACUUGGUGAGAGAGGCCACCGCUUUGUCUUCUCAGACGGACCACAAAUUGGCAGCCAUGUUGCAUGGCAAUUCCAGCGAAAAACUGGAUUCAGCGGCUGCGGCUAUGCAUUCAGCUAGCAGCGACGAUGAGGAGCCUUUUGAGAAGAAUUUAAUAAACAGCACUGUAUAUAUAAUCGCGAUGUCUCUUCAGGUUUCCACCUUUGCCAUUAAUUAUCGGGGUCUGCCAUUCAUGGAGAGUCUGCGACAGAACAAGGCUCUAAUGAUAAGCUUGUUAAGCAACUCCAUCGUCAUUCUGUUGCUGGCCUGUGGAUUUCUGCCCGACAUGGCGAUGCACUUUGAGAUCGUGGACUUUCCAAGCCAGUUCCGUGCGACGCUGGUGCAGGUAUUAAUCGCGGAUUUUGCUUUCGCUUACAUCGUCGACAGAGUCUGCCUGUGGUUGUUCGGUGAGGGAAGGCAACACAAGCUGUGAUGAAACUAUCUUUAAUCGAUGACAGACUGUAUCAAAGAUUUUUCUAUGUAACUUUUGUUACUGGUCUUGUUCCACGUUAAGGGCUGACAAUUUUUAUAUUUAAGGAUCGAUGAUAUUCCUGUGAAUAACACGUACACUUGUUCGUGCAUGCAAAAACAAACAUACAUGUACAAAACACACACACACACAAACACACAAACGCAUACACAUACGAUAUACACGACUUAUUGUCCGCAAUCGCAUUUGAUAUUUCACAUCGGAGAGAUCAGAAUACUUUUUGUUUCGUAUACGAGGCGAAGAGAAAUAUGAUGCGGAAAAUAUAAAUGUGCGCAGAACGGUUUUACGAUCGGCCACCUCGAUCGGCUCGCCUAAAGGAUGGAAAAUUGCUCACUCUUCAUCAACAUUGUCAACCUCUUCUCCGUGGAACAAGAGACUGCGCUCUAAAACGGUCGCUAUUUAUUGUCGAUGUUGACACUGUGUACGGUAAUAAUUGCCAAAUCAGUAUUUGCCUUGGCAUAUUAGCGUAUCUAACGACGACGGCGCGGAAAAUAUAUUCUUUGGUCACUCGACUCGGACGAAAAUCCCCGUCGGCCAUCCGUUGGUCUUAUUUUCCCGGGAAUUUAAUAAUCCUGUCAGCGUAUCGACAACGAAUAUUAGUCUCAUGAAGCAGCACUCGAAAGAGCAGAAGGAGAGAAGGAGAAAGAGAGGGAGGGGAGACGCGUGUAUUCGUGUAUAUAAAAUGUAGAUGACGAAUUUCGUUUCACGAUGCGACGUUCGCAUACAGAUUCUCACGUAUGGCAAACGUCGCAUCACGACAGCUUGUACGCGACCACCGCUUGGUGCGAAUCGCGUACAAGUGGAACCGCGUCAUUUCGCAGCGACGACGAUGCGGCAACGAUCCUACAUUUGUUCACGAUGUGCGAUUGUGCGAACCACUUUUCUAAUCGUUUAUCCGACUCUUCACGACUCUGUGUGCGUACAUAUCCAGCAGUUUCAUACGUUUCAACAAUUGCAUUCCACUUCGACGGCGUCGAUCGCCAACGGUACGGGACACACCUUCGCGGCACACAUCUCGCCUUUGCCGGAUGAAAUCUACCUGUAGAGUUGUGUUUUACUUGUGAUUUUCGUUACGUGCGUGUGCGUUCGGUUGCACCGGUCGAUUCUGGUCUCUGUCCCUCGCGGUCACGCACAGCCUGUUGGGUGAUCCGCGCUCGAAGGGACGUUGAUUUGUCCUCGUAUCUUAGGUCAUUGUGAACGUGUACUUGGUCAUUAAUUGUAUAGUUAAAUAUUAUAUUGUACAUUUAUAAGGAUGACUAAUAAAACGUUCAGAAUGAUGAUCGAAAGCCGA